AUAUAAAAGAGUGAUAUUAUGAGCCAGAAAAGAUUGAAGGGUCAAGAAAACCAACCAAGAAAGGUGAUGGAGAAAGAAGCUAUCUACACCUGAUUGCAAAGGAUCCCUAUUUUAUUAUUAUUAUGCCACCAUGUCAGUGUUUCAUAUAAUAUAUGGCAUCUGGAUACUCUUCUCUGAAAGGUGCUGUAUAGUUGAGGUUACUGCUUCAUGCUGCCCUUAUUAUCAAUUCUUCAAACAAAGCAAUAAGAGAUUUGUGCAGAAAACUGAUAGGUUUUGGAAGUUCAAUGAACAAGCUGAUAGAUGGGUUGAAGUUGUGUUUCCUUAUGAUGAUCAUCUGGUAUCUGAAUUCAGCAACAAAGAAGGAGGAUUGAAGGAAGAACAGCAUGAAUUGUUUGAUGCUAAGCCCUUGGAUGUGGUUUUGCCACUGAGGAAGAGAAUUUCAUUGACCAGAAUGUCAGAUACAUCUAUUUGGGUCACUGGGGAAAGUGGUUCUAUAUAUGAGAGGUUUUGGAAUGGACUUGAAUGGGUUAUUGCCCCUCAUGACUUGCCAAUAGCAUCCGGCCGCGCAACCGCGGUAUUCAUCAUCAAUCACAUAAUUCUUGCUGCUUCUGAAGCAGGAAAUCUCUAUCAGAUGCAUGUGCAAUUUGGUGAAACCUCACAAACAGUUUGGUUGGAUGUCACACCUACACUCAAUCAAAUCACAAAUAAUGAUUCAAAGAAAAAUCCUUUGGUGUUAAUAAAGUCUGGAAUUGUGUCACAUGAUAGGCAGAGAAUUUAUUUCUGCACAAGGAAUGGAACACUGAUAGAACUUCUUGGGGUUGAGCCUCUAAGAUGGACAAAUCAUGGCCAACCAGCUGGAGCAAAUGUAGCAGCAAUAGCUGAAGUUGCUUCUGUAAGAGAAGUAGUGUAUACCAUAAGUUCUGCUGGAGAUCUUUAUGAAUAUGAUGAAAAAUCAAAACCAUCAUGGAAGAAGCACAUAUGGAAAGAAAGGACAGCACAAUUCGCGCCUUUAGUACCAUCUAAAGGGUGCACUCUAAGCGGACUGAGUGGUGAUUAUUCUGAAUCUCUGUUUCUUCUAAACAAGGAGGGUGAUUUGGUAGAGAGGAGACUGCAUCAGAGGAAGUGGAAAUGGAUGGUCCAUGGAAGUCCACCACAUCAAAAUUUGACAUCCAUUACGCCGGCUCUACAUGACGAAUCAAGUGAAACUUUCUUUUCCUUGUUCUUCACCAGUGCAGUUGGAUCAGUCUUUGAAUAUCAAAUGCCAAAACAAUUAGGUACAACUAAUCGAUUUCCAGGAAGUUGGGAAAAUCAUCAGCACCCUUUACAUGCUAAAGUAGCAAGAGGUAUAAUUGGCUUGCCAUUACAAGCUGGCAGGAUACUGUUUCCACUAGAUGAUGGUAGACUUGCAGAAUUACAUCUACUAGGACUAGGCGGCGAAAGUUCAGGACCAGCUUUACCACAAAACUUUAGAAGGAAAGCAUCAACUAAAUAUGUUUGGUCGAUAUUAGAUGUUCCAGAGAGCGAAGGAUGGAAUGCAGAAUAUUGCACAGAAGAACGUGGCCCCAGAAAUUGCCUUGCAGGACUAAAAGAUGAAUCAGUGGAUUCUGGAACAAGUUCAGUAACAGGUAGGAGAAAGCAAAGCCAGACACAGAAUUACUACUUAUCGCUGGGCACUUCAUUAGGCGAAUCGACUAAAUCUACAGAAGAUUAUAAUCUCCCUGAUGGCUGGACUAGUAGUAACUUCCGGCUUCGGUUGAUGUAUGAAGGAAAGUCAUUUUUCUUCAUAACAAAUGAUGGAUUAGUGUUUGAACACAUUUGUAUUGAGAAUGUUUGGGUGUGGCUGAAGCAUGAGAGUUCUACAGCUAUAGAAGGUAUAGUGGGAAACUAUAAUGGAAGCUUGUUCAUGGUUGAUACAUUUGGGAGUGUGCUUCUUAGAGAAUGGCAUGAAAAUGAGAUAGCAUGGAGGAAUUGCAGUGCUUUGUGA